AUGGAACAUUCGUCACCGUUGGCUGCUAUGCAGCCUCCGUCAGUUCUCUUCGGACACUGUUUUCGCUCGGAUGUUUCGACGGCAUACUCGUCUUUGGGUCCCCGGUCCGGGCUGAAACCCCCCAAUUUUAAUUUCAAAGAACUGUCCAUGAAGAAGUCCCAUAGCGACUAUCUUAACGUGAAGCCGGUCCGUGGUUCCUCGCCGACGGCGAGUCUAGCCGCAGAUCUUUCGCAAAAUUUUCACAUCGAUCAAAGUCCGCAAUUGGCUACGCCACGACGGUCUUUGUUCUCUUCCAAUCUCUUUGGCCAUGGCCAUGAAGAAACGAUGACGACCCCUCCUCUUCCGUCCUCCUCGCCAGCCCCCGCUAUGGAUAUCAUGGAAAUGUCUCCUUUACCACAUAAGCCGCCGUUCAGCAUCGCAAAAACAAUUGAGAUCAUCACAUCUUGCACAGAGGAGUCGUCAGUGGACUCGCCUAUGCCUAGCCCAUUGGAGGCAUCGCCCUCGGUCCCGUUAAAGGACACCCAGCCAGAGAGACGGCGUCCGACAUUCCUGCGGCCUAGCCUGGCCAAAAGUAAAGCCCAGUCCUUUCAGUUUGGAAUGGCGAAGCCUGCCCCAGAAAGUCAAGCACCGCCGUUUCGAUUCCAGACCAAAGGUGGCAAGACCUCGCUGAGCACGUCCGCAUCGCUGGAGGAUAUGUUUGGAGAAUCACCACAGCGUGAACGACCAUUAUUCCGGAAUCAUUCAUCAAGCGGUUUGGCGAAUCCGCGGCUGCGAGCGCCCCUUGGUACUGGCAAUGGGAGUCAUGUCCGUGGAAAUGGCUCGCCUUCAGCGGCGUCCAUUCGCAAACAUUCAAACCCGUUAAUGCGCCCUCGUAAACAGUGCAGACGUUCGUUGAGUAUGUACGAGCACCCGGAGGAUGUAAUUGUCGAAAAGGAGGCUUGUUUUACAUCAAAUGCACCACUUCAGUCGAUCUGCGACAUCGAAGCUACCCCGAGUCUACACCUGCCUCACUUUAUUCCUGAGGAUCAGGGAGACUCGUUGCCCCGUAUUGACAAGACAAUUCUUUUGGAGCUCAUGGAUGGAAAAUUCAACGACCAAUUCGACAACGUUUUGAUAAUUGAUUGUCGCUUUGAGUACGAGUAUGAGGGAGGCCACAUUACAGGAGCUGUGAAUUACAAUGACAAAGAGAGCUUGGCCACGAGACUUUUCACCAGUCCGACGCCGAGGACUGCAUUGGUGUUGCACUGCGAGUAUUCCGCUCACAGGGCGCCUAUCAUGGCCAAGUAUAUUCGUCAUCGGGACCGAGCGUACAACGUUGACCAUUACCCACAACUCACAUACCCGGACCUGUACAUUUUGGAGGGGGGUUAUAGUGCAUUCUUUGCCGACCACCGGUCACUGUGCUAUCCCCAGAACUAUGUGGAAAUGAGCGCCAAAGAGUACGAGUAUGCCUGCGAGCGUGGCCUUGGGAAGGUCAAGCAGAGAUCUAAGCUCAACCGUGCCCAAACUUUUGCUUUCGGCCAAAACUCCCCUGAUAUGGAGGACAGCCCUACUGGAAGGUGUCGAAGUAGUGUCGGUGAUCGCACCAGACUCUUGGGGUCUCCAUUCGCAGAAAGUCCUGGCUCUGGCCGAUAUUCUGGUCGUCGUAUGCUGUCGUAUUGA